AUGACUCAUCUGGCCUGUAGGUUCUGUGUUGAUGCAGAAGCUGUGCACGUUGUUGAUCCAUUAUUGGAUUUACGUCAUCGUUUUGAAGAUUUGCAAGGGCUUGAUAAGAUGCUUAAAGAUAGGGGAUGCCAAAUUGAUGUAAAUAAUGUUGCAAUGAAUUACCACAUCUGGUGGAAAUCAUACACAAAGUGGCGUGACUCAUGGUUUGAGACAAGAGGGGUGAUGUCACGUGAUCGGGAAUUGCGGCAACGAAUGUUAGAAAAAAAUGGAGGACUUUUAGAUGCUUUAAGAUUACCUAAUGAUUUAUCUGUACAUACUCCGAUCGGGGGCGAUGCUGUUUCCGACGAAUUUGAUAAUGAACAAAAGAAACAGCACAUGCUUCUGCUUUUAAAAGCUGGUAUGGUAAAGGUAGACCCUGUAACUUCAUAUGCACAUCUAGUUGGUUUUCCAGCCAAUUUGCAGCACCUUCUACAAAAGUUGCUCCGUGGUAAACUAGGAGAAAAUAUUUUGAAUAUCUCUCCACCGUAUUUCGUGCGAGGUGCUGUUAUUGAUGGUGUGAAUAUAUCAAAAGAACAAUAUCCUCAGUUUAAGCCUAGUCAGCAUAACGAAUCAGUGCUGUACCUAACAGGUCAUAGUAUUUCUUCUUUAAUUGCUUUAUUUGUCAAGAAAUCUUUCGGAUUAAAAACAAAUAAAUGGCCUCUUCGUAUAUUAAGCAGUGGAGCUUCAUAUCUUGUACCAAAAAAUAUGUUAGUUUCGGAGCUUGACUUAAACAAUAUUUCGCAGCGUAUGAAGACUGUCGCGUUGUCAUUUUGUAAAACGGAAGAGGAAGAAAGUGCUGAACAUACUUAUUUUGUUGCAAAGUUAGAAGCAGUUCUGAAAAAUCAGCUGUCUUUGAAAAUUGCUUCAUCAUCUGUUCAUGCUCAUAGACUGCUAAAUUUUGAGUCAUUCGCAACUUGUUUUCGAAGUUCAUCUGGCAUAGAGAUAGCUCGAGUAUCGAGUGUGGGAUCGUAUAUUUCUCGUCGACUUUGUAUCUUAUGUGAUUCGGACCUUGGAGGUGCUGAUUUUGUAAGGAUGGUUUUUGUUGAUAUUGAUCUCACUAGACUGCUUGUAUCAGUAAUUGAAGAACAUUUGAUAUCUAAAAAGGCUGUCCCGGAAGACGUCUUCCAGCUUUUUAAAGUUUGA